AUGAGUUUUUUCAAAAUUUCGGAAAUUGGAGUCAUAUAUAGAGAGGACAGAUCUAUUCACCCUUUUUAUUAUCGCUUCAGGGAACUUUACAGUAGGAUGAAGCGAUUAAGAGAUGAGGUGUGUAUGAACCCUCAAUUUAAGCGGCCAUUUGGUUCUUCUCGAGGAGAAUCGAAUGGAUCUCUGCAUGCCUCUGGAGGAGGAGGUGGUACUGGAGGGAGUGGCGGAGGUGAUGGUGGUGGUGCUGGAGGGAGUAGUGGAGGUGGUGCUACACAAAAACUUACCACCAAUGAUGCAUUAACUUAUUUGAAGGAAGUUAAGGACAUGUUCCAAGAUCAAAGAGAAAAAUAUGACAGGUUCCUUGAUGUCAUGAAAGAUUUCAAGGCUCAAAGAGUCGAUACAACUGGCGUGAUAAUGAGGGUGAAAGAGUUAUUCAAAGGGCAUCCUAAUCUUAUCCUUGGUUUCAAUACCUUCUUACCUAGAGGUUAUGAAAUCACCCUUACAGAAGGUGAAGGGGCUCCAAAAAGAACAGUUGAGUUUGGGGAAGCUAUAGAUUUUGUAAAUAAGAUCAAGAGUCGUUUCCAAGACGAUGAUCGGGUUUAUAAAGAUUUCCUGGCAAUCUUGAACAUGUACCGAAAUGAACAUAAGGGUAUUGCUGACGUCUAUGAAGAGGUUUCGGCACUUUUUAGUGAACAUCCAGAUCUUCUUCGACAGUUCACCAGAUUUUUGCCAGAUACCUCAACCACAGCCUCAACUGUACUUGCUUCUUUUGGCCGGCAUCCCUUACAUCGUUUUGAUGAGAGGAGCUCUGCUAUGCCCACAAUGCGACACUCUCACGUGGAUAAGCAACGAUUAAGACGGAAUAAGAUUAUUAUCUCCCGCGGAGAACGUGAUCCUAGUGUCGAGCAGCUAGAGGUGGAUGAUGACAAAACAGUGAUGAUGUCACACAAGGAUAGGAAGAAACGUGCUGAAAGGGAGAACAAAGAUAAGAGAAAUCGUUAUCUGGACAACAGAGAUACUGACAAUGAAAAUAAUGGAGAUAUUAGCAUGCAUCGACUUUCUGACAAAAGGAAAUCUGCUCAGAAGGUUGAUAACUUUGGAGGGAACUCUAAUUUUGUCUCUUAUGAUGAUAAAGAUGCAUUGAAAAGUAUGUACAGUCAGGAGUUUGCUUUCUGUGAAAAAGUUAAGGAGCGGUUGGGCAGUGCAGAUGAUUACCAGUCAUUUUUGAAAUGUCUACAUAUUUACAGCACGGAGAUAAUUACUAAAAAGCAAUUGCAUGGUUUGAUUGCUGAUUUACUUGGAAAAUAUCCUGAUCUUAUGGAGGGAUUCAAUGAAUUUUUCGAGCGCUGUGAGCGAAUAGAAGGAUUUCUUGCUGGUGUUAUGGGCAAAAAGACAUUGUGGAGUGAAGGACAUUCUUCGAAAGCCUUGAGAAUAGAGGAUAAAGACAGAGAACAAAAGCGUGAAGUGGAUGGAGGUAAAGAAAAGGACAGAUACAGUUCGAAGUACUUGGGAAAGUCCAUUCAGGAGCUUGACCUUUCUAACUGUCAAAGUUGCACUCCCAGUUACCGACUUCUUCCCGAAGAUUACCCGAUAGCUGCAGCAAGCCAGAGAUCGGAAAUUGGUGCUCAAGUUUUAAAUGACCAUUGGGUAUCUGUGACAUCUGGAAGUGAGGAUUACUCAUUUAAGCACAUGCGCAGAAAUCAAUAUGAAGAAAGCCUGUUUAGAUGUGAAGAUGACAGAUUUGAGCUAGACAUGUUGUUGGAGUCUGUGAGCUCGGCUGCGAAGCGCGCAGAGGAGCUGCUGAACAGUAUAAAUGACAAUUCAGACAAUCCCAUAUGUAUCGAGGAACAUUUCACAGCUCUGAAUUUGAGAUGCAUCGAACGUCUAUAUGGAGACCAUGGUCUUGAUGUGAUGGACAUUUUGCGCAAAAAUCCAUCACUUGCAUUGCCUGUAAUACUUAGCCGCCUGAAGCAGAAGCAAGAGGAGUGGACCAAGUGUCGUGCAGAUUUCAACAAAGUAUGGGCUGAGAUUUAUGCUAAGAACCAUUACAAGUCUCUUGAUCAUCGGAGCUUUUAUUUCAAGCAACAGGAUUCGAAAAACUUGGGCACAAAAUCCUUGGUAGCAGAAAUCAAAGAGAUCAGGGAGAAAAAUGAAAAUGAGGAUCAUGUGUUACUUGGUAUUGCUGCUGGAAGUAACUACUCCAUCCUUCCAAAUCUUGAAUUUGAAUAUGCUGAUGCUGACAUUCAUGAAGACUUGUAUGAAAUUAUUAAGUACUCAUCCGAAGAGAUCUGCUCAACGAAAGAGCAAUCAAAUAAAGUUUUGAGGUUCUAUACUACUUUUCUUGAGCCAAUGCUGGGUGUUCAGUCAUGGCGUCGUAAAUCAGAGGUUACUGAAGGUGAUGGUUCCUCUAAGCUUGGAACUGCAAAAAACACAGUGACUAGCGUAACUGAAAGCAAUGGAAGUCCAAAUGCUGAUGCUCCUACCAUGAACUUGAAGCAACUAAAGCCUAACUGCAAUGGAGAUUCACACUCAUCACCUCCACGAGUCAAUUCCUGUAAGACAGGCUUCGCAAAUAUUGAUACUUUGGCUAAAGCAGAUGGAUCAACCGUGGCAUCUGGUGGACGAUUACCCAACUCUGGUACAGCUGUUACCAUAGGACCAGAUGCAAAUCAUGUGCGUGCUGCAAAUUCUUCUCGAGCUAAUAAUGAUCCUGGUGAGGACAGCCAUGGGUCCAAGCUUAAUAUGGAAGAUACACUGUGCUCAGAGGGUGGUGAGACUUCAAGACUGAAUCUGGCAAAUGGAGGGUACGUUGAUGGGUCAAGGCUUGCUCGGCACGAUGAGGUUUCUGUUGAUGUCUGGAAAGUUGAUAACGGAGCUGAUAAGAAUUCUCCCAGGGGUGAAUUUGAAGACAAUAUAGCCGCCCGUCAGGAUGGUGGCUCACAAUCCAUGCUCGAGAAAAAGCGUGGCCAUGAUGAGAUGCAUUUUCAAACGAGAGGUCAUGAGGAGAUUUCUCCAGAUGCAGAAAAUGAUGCAGAUGCAGAUGCUGACGACGAAGACAGUGAAAAUGCAUCUGAGGCUGGUGAAGAUGAGUCUGCUGCUGCUGAUGGCUCAGGAGAAGAGCACGAGGAAGAGGAAGAUGGAGAACUUGACGGUGAAGGUGAGGCUGAAGAUACAAGUGAUGGUGCAUUUUUGCCUCAAGCUGAGCGUUUUCUGCUCACAUGUAAACCUCUCUCGAAGUACGUGGCUUCUCCAUCGCGAGGCAGUGAGGGAAAUAAUCAUCAAGUUUUCUAUGGAAACGACACCUUCUACGUGCUUUUCAGGCUUCAUCAGACACUGUAUGAGAGAGUACUAUCAGCGAAGGUGAACUCAGCAUCUGCAGAAUCCAAGUUGAAAACCACGAAGGAUGCAAGUUCUGAUCCCUAUACCAGAUUUAAGAGUGCGCUGUUUGGGCUGCUUGAUGGAUCUUCUGAUAAUUCAAAAUUUGAGGAAGACUGCCGUUCACUGAUUGGAAACCAGUCUUAUGUUCUAUUUACUUUGGAUAAGCUAAUAUAUAAGCUGGUCAAACAGCUACAAAUUGUUUCAAGUGAUGAGGUGGGCUAUAAGCUGCUUCAGUUGUACGAAUAUGAAAAAUCUCGGAAGUCGCACUAUGUUGAUUUGGUGUAUUACGAAAAUGUCCAUGUCAUUUUGCAUGAUGAGAACAUUUACCGAAUUGAAUGUACAUCUUCCCCCACCCGAUUGUCUAUUCAGUUGAUGGAUGAUGGAAAUGAGAAGUCUGAAGUUGUUCCAGUUUCAGUGGACCCCGACUUCGCGGACUAUUUCUACAACGAUUACCUCUCAGCUACUAAUGGGAGAAAGGAGUCAUCUGCUGUUGUGUUGAAGAGAAAUAUGCGUAAAUAUAUGGAUGAGUUUUCUGCUCUACAUCUGGCUAUGGAGAAUGUUCUGACGAUGAACGGUCUAGAAUGUAAGACCUCCGCCACCACAUCCAAGAUCUCUUAUGUCCUGGACACGGAGGACUCCUUUAUUCCGUUUUCACCAAUAUUUGAUGGCCUCUGUGAUGCCAUAACCAUCAAGAGUUCAAUGGCUCUGGAUUGGUUGAACAUGCUGCUGCUGCACCAGUUCAUUCAUUGUCAACAAACCAAAUAA